GUUCGUUGGUCUCAUCUCUGAUCAUCCUGCCUCUUCUGUUGUCACAUCUUUCCGUCAGCUGCUUCUGACCCAGAUCUCAUCAACAGGAUGCCCGAGCAUGUGUGAGUGAUCAGGCUUUGUGGUCUGAUUUUACACGCUCUAUAAUUUACUCAUAAACACAGAACAAAAAGUUUUUCCUUUCCAUUAAAUCUUUUCUCUUUCUCUUUUAUAGGCAAGAGGUAAGACCAUUGUUUUCACGACUAAAGUAUUUCUAAAUGCUAAAAUUAUAAAUUUACAUAUAUAUAUACAAUAUACAUGCACACAUAUUUGUAUUAAAUGUGUUGUCAUGAAUUAUGCUCUCCGUCCAGAGGAAGUCAAAGAUCUCAGCUUCAAGGAAGCUGAUGCUCAAGAGUAUGAUGGUGGCAAAAGCCAAAGAAGAAUUGGAGCAGGAGGCUUUUGUGAAAGAGGAGGAGAAACAGAACUACCUGUCAGAGAGAGCUCCUGCACUCAGAACCAGCGGCCUGAGCCUUGCACAGCUACAGGACCUCUGCAGAGAGCUCCAUGUUAAGAUCGAUGUGGUGGACGAGGAGCGCUACGACAUUGAAGCUAAAGUCAUGCUCAACACACGUGAGAUUAAAGACCUAAACAUUAAAGUGUUAGACCUAAGGGGGAAAUUCAAGAGACCUAGUCUUCGCCGUGUUCGUGUGUCUGCUGACGCCAUCCUUCGCUCGCUGCUGGGCUCCAAGCACAAAGUAUCCAUGGACCUCCGGGCCAACCUCAAGUCCGUCAAGAAAGAGGACACUGAGAAGAAGAGGCCAGUCGAGGACAGUGACUGGAGGAAGAAUGUGGAGGCCAUGUCUGGGAUGGAGGGAAGGAAGAAGAUGUUUGAUGCUGCUAAGGGUCCCGCCCAGUGAAAACACAGAAGCUGAAGGGCUGGUGGCAUCUACGGCAUGCUGCGGCCAUGUCCCCACACGCCUGAAUGGUGCUCUACACUUUUCUGAAGAACUGAUCUGUUGUUUGUUAUGGUGUUGAACAUGACUUUAUCCGUGUGCCAUUUUCUAUUAUUUGCAUGUUCACGUAACUGAACCACAGAGAUUUAGGCUUACAUUUGUACAGCAAUUUUUCUUUUAAGGCAUCGAGUAUCUUGGAUGGUAUUGUAACUCAUUCAGCAGGCCAAAUUAUAUUAUAGACAAUAAUAAUAAUAAUAAUAGUAAUAAUGUGUCUUGACCAAAUUGAACUGCAUCUUUGAUAUUCUUGCUGGGUGAUAACUGUAAGCACGGUCUAUGGUUUUGUGAACUGUAACAAAAAGGCAUGCAGCAGCAUCAGCUGGAUUUACUACAACAACAAUCAAACACACCAAAUGUAUCUUCAUUUGUUUUAUGCUUUUCUUUUUGGAAAUAUGUACUAAAUAAACAAUGGCUGUCUUUAAAUAAAUGUAAAGAAGGUA